AUGUGGCAGUGUGUGAAGUCCCAUCAGCUCCCGUGUCCUGCUGCACGUGUGUGUGAGUCUCAUGUCCUGGAGCAGAUGAGAGGAACUGGAUUCUUUCGAAGAAGUAUCCAGAAAAACAUGGUGUACACUUGUCACCGGGAAAAGAACUGCAUCAUCAACAAAGUCACACGCAACCGCUGCCAGUACUGCCGGCUGCAGAAGUGCCUGGAAGUGGGAAUGUCCAAGGAGUCCGUCAGGAACGAUAGGAACAAGAAGAAAAAGGAUGAGAAGAAGCAGGAGUGCACAGAGAGCUACGUCCUGAGUCCAGACACAGAGCAGAUGAUCGACCGGGUUCGAAAAGCACAUAAGGAGACUUUCCCCUCGCUCUGCCAGCUCGGGAAGUACACCACGACCAACAGCUCAGAACAACGUGUAUCUCUAGACGUGGACCUAUGGGACAAAUUCAGCGAGCUCUCCACUAAAUGUAUUAUUAAAACUGUGGAGUUUGCAAAGCAGUUACCCGGCUUCACCACGCUCACCAUCGCCGACCAAAUCACUCUGCUCAAAGCGGCGUGUCUGGACAUCCUGAUAUUGCGGAUUUGUACGCGGUACACGCCGGAGCAGGACACCAUGACCUUCUCUGAUGGACUCACGUUAAACAGGACCCAGAUGCACAAUGCGGGCUUUGGGCCGCUCACAGACUUAGUUUUUGCUUUCGCCAACCAGCUCCUCCCUCUGGAGAUGGACGACGCAGAGACGGGACUGCUCAGUGCCAUCUGUUUGCUUUGUGGAGACCGCCAGGAUUUGGAGGAGGCAGAUAAAGUGGAUGUUUUGCAGGAGCCACUUCUCGAGGCGCUAAAGAUUUAUGUUCGGAAACGGAGGCCCCACAAGCCGCACAUGUUCCCCAAGAUGCUGAUGAAGAUCACAGAUCUGAGAAGCAUCAGCGCUAAAGGAGCCGAGCGUGUCAUCACUCUGAAGAUGGAGAUCCCCGGCUCCAUGCCUCCUCUCAUCCAGGAGAUGCUGGAGAACUCUGAGGGCUUCGAGAGCGGAGCGGCAGGCAGCCGCAGCUCUGGAGCUCCUCCUGGAAGCUGCAGUCCCAGUCUGUCUCCCAGCUCUGCCCAAAGCAAUAUUUUAACUGUUAAAGUUUUUACAGGUAACGGGACAAAGAUGCCUCUGCACGGGAAGGUAGUGGUCUUAAAGAGAAGUGGAGGCGAUGGGACCGAGUUCCCUCUGACCUCCACAUGUACUUUUGGAAGGAAGCCUGACUGUGACAUUCGCAUUCAGAUUCCUCAAGUGUCCAAGGAACACUGCAGAAUUGACCUAAACGAAAACAAGGAGGUAAUUUUGACGAAUCUCAGCUCUGUUAAUCCAACACAAGUUAACGGACAAGCUUUGCAGCAGCCUGAGCGACUGAAGCAUGGAGAUGUAAUAACUAUCAUUGACCGUUCUUUCAGGUUCGAGUAUCCUCCUCCCCCCACACCUAAAAAGAGGGCGUCUGUUGGUGGAAAAGCUGAGGUGACUGCGAGUGACCCACACCUGAAAGAUGCAGCCAACACGGACAACAUUCAGCGGUCUCUGGAGAAGCCGCAGGAGGCAGAGUCCAAAGAGGAGGCCAGUUCGCUGGAAGGCAAAACUGCUUCGCCUUUCAGUGAUCUGUAUCAGAUGAUCAAACAGUCUCUUGAUGUGAAGACUCCCCGCAAGUCUUCCAUCAGUGUUCUGCAGGCUCAGUCAUCAAAAUUCUGCACGCCACAAGUGCCGUCUGCUAGAAAAGGAAACCGUCGACCUGUGGAAGAGAAGGGCACUCCCAGACAACCUGCAGUCGAGCCGCAGACCAGUGAUGUCGUUCUGCCUGCUACACCCAAGUCCACCAAGAAGAGGUGCUCCACUCAACUCUCCUCAGAACUGACACCACAGAAGUUCACGGUGGGAGAAGCUCUCGAGCAAAUCUCUCAGCCUCAAAGAUCACCGUUAAGAAGGAGGAGCAAAGAGACCAAGUCACCUGCGUCUGAAAAGAAGAAAGUGAAAUCUCCAGCAAAGAAGGAAAGCGCUGGCGCAAAAAGCUCAGAAAAAGGUAAAAAACGGAAGAGUGAGGAGCUUGGGUCCGACCUUCCCACUCAGCAAAUGAAGAGGAAGAGGGUGUCUUUCGGGACGCAGCUCAGUCCAGAGCUGUUCGACAAGCGCCUGCCCCCGGACUCCCCUCUGCGUAAAGGAGCCGCCCCCCGCCGCAGCCUCUCUCUGUAUAAACCCAAACAGUCUCUGCUCAGGAGAGCUUCUGUGAUCGGUUUGAUCAAGGAACAUCAAAGCCCGAAGGCAAAGAGUCCGGCCAAAAAGAAGUCUCCCUCGCCUAAGAAAACGUCUAGUGCCAAGAGUGCUUCUCCCAAGGUUCAGUCCCCAGCCCGGAAGGCCCAGUCCCCCAAAGCCAAGACCCCAUCACCAGGAAAGAAGUCUGCCACCCCAACAAAGUCCUCUCCCAAAGCCAAGUCGCCUGCCCAAACGCCAAAAUCCAAUGUCACCCCCAAGAAGGCCUCCCCCAAGGCAGCCACCACCCCCAAGAAGGCCUCCCCCAAGGCAGCCACCACCCCCAAGAAGGCCUCCCCCAAGGCAGCCACCACCCCCAAGAAGGCCUCCCCCAAGGCAGCCACCACCCCCAAGAAGGCCUCCCCCAAGGCAGCCACCACCCCCAAGAAGGCCUCCCCCAAGGCAGCCACCACCCCCAAGGCAGCCUCCCCCAAGGCAGCCACCACCCCCAAGGCAGCCUCCCCCAAGGCAGCCACCACCCCCAAGGCAGCCUCCCCCAAGGCAGCCACCACCCCCAAGAAGGCCUCCCCCAAGGCAGCCACCACCCCCAAGAAAGCCUCACCCAAACAAACCAAGACACAGACUCCCAGGAAAGCUCUCCCAACGCCCUCGUCCAGAUCUCAAACUCCUGCCAAGUCUCCCGUCCAAAGAAAACCUGAUUCUUCAACCAAGCCACCGCGCAAGUCCGGCACUGAGAGUUUGGCAACGCCUCUAUCAGCGGAUCAGACUCCAAAAGUGCAGGGGCGUUUCUCUGUGUCUCGCAUCACCACGCCGUCCCCAGUGAGUGAAGAUUUGGCGACGGCGUCCUGCCCGUCAGCCAUGGUCACUCCGAAGAUCCCACUGAGAAGGAAGAGCAUGAAAAGCUCCACUGCUAAGAAGACUCCAGCUCUGAAGAGCGCCGCGAGACUGAUGCGGAGAAAGAGCACCAUGAGAACCUCCAUGAAAGUGAUGGCAUCCUGGGCAGACAUUGUGAGAUUUGGUAAAACUAAAGUCCAGACUGCAGUUCCAACCAAAUCACAAGUCACUAAAAAGAUUACAAAGAAGAAGGCUGUUGCCAAACCACAGACACCUAAGCGACGACUUCCGGACCAUGUGGGCACUGGACACGCUGCUUCGCCCGCAACGAUAGUCGUGGGAAGAGCUCACAGACUCGUGCAUCCCACUGGUGCUCCCCCCAAAAUUGUCACCAACACAGCGGUGCUAAGAAAGAACCUGAAGAUGGAUGAAGAUCUGACUGGAAUUUCUGACAUGUUCCAAACCCCGAAAAAUGAGAAAAGGAUGUCGACCAAGGUUGUGAGAAGUGCGAAAAGAACGCCACUGGCAGAUAUCGACCAGUCACAGAUGGAGCCGUCUGUCCUGAAUACACCUGAGGAGACUGGUGAAAUGGUUGUAUCACCGAUGAGCGUUGCGUCUACGAUGAAAGGGAGAAGAUACAACAGCGAAGCAGUUCAACGUCUGCUUAAUGACGAUAUUCCUUCUUUAGAUGUGCAGCCUGAGUCCACUGAGAAGGCCGUGCCCGCAACUCCAACCCCCCAGAUGACCGAGGCUAAGACUGGAAAGAUUACGCCAACGCAAAAGGCUGAGUCCGUUAAGGAAUUGAACCUUGUCAAGACGCCGCAACCGGAGUGUCUGUCUGCUGUCAAACGCAUCAUGAAGACGCCACAAGAGAAAGUGGAGCCAGUUGAGGACCUCGGAGGAAAGCUGUUGAGAACUCCCAGGCAAAGACUCGUCCCGCAAGAAGAGUGUCUGACCGGCGUAAAGCGAAUCAUGGAAACUCCAGCAGAGAACAGCCCGCCUGCUGAGGACUUGAGUGGAGAGCUCCUGAAAACUCCUCCACAGAAAAUUGACGAGCCAGAGUGCCUGUCUGCUGUCAAAACGAGCAUGAAGACUCCAGACCAGGAAGUGGAUCAACUGGAGUGCGUGAGCAGAAGCCCUCAACAGAAGCCUGAACAGCAGGAGUGCCUGACUGGAGUGAAGAGGAUCAUGAAGACCCCAAAAGAGAAGUACGAACCCAUUGAUGACAUCCGGGGAAAACUGCUGCAGACCCCCAAACAGAAGGUCCAGCAGCAGGAGGAGUGCCUGACUGGAGUGAAGAGAAUCAUGAAGACGCCAAGAGAAAGGCUCCCACCUGUGGAGAAGAACUUUGGCCUGAAGCGACUCAUGCAGUCACCGCGACUGAGAGGAAACGCACCAGUGGAAGACUUCGAGGGUCUGGAGGAGCUCAUGAGGGAGCCGGUUGAGGAGCAGAUCAUUGGAGACGCAGAGGUGAACAUCGAGCAGCCACAGGUGUCUGUGCAAGUCGAGGCUGAGAAAGCAAUGUCCACUGAAGAAGUGGCCAACCAGCAAAAUGAUACUGAAAUAUCAUCUGCAGUGGUGUCCGUAGAAAGUUCACCUAAAACAAAGCCUGUCUGUGGCAGAAGAGCAAAGGUCAUUGAGCAUAAAGUAGAGGAAAAAGACGAGGUUGAGGUACCAGUUAAAACCAGACGAGGGAGGAAGGUGGAGAAUUCUGCGUUGAGACCGACGGCACGUGGUAGGAAUGCAAAAACCCCAGAAGAGUCUCAGGAAAGAGCAGAGGUGGCCACUGUCGAGCAAAGUAUGGUUAUAUCUGCUCAAGAACCCCUCCACAAUACAGUUUCCACUGAGCCGGAACAGAGCCCUGACCCUGCUGUCCAGGAAGCGGAGCCCUCUGCAGCGCUAGAGGAGCCUGUUGUGAAACAAAGACGUACCAGAAAAACCAAAGCAGCUGUGACUGUACAACCUGCAGAAGCACAAGAAUCUAAUGCAACACCACUGGGCGACGAGCUGCAGAAAGACUUGACUGCAAAACCUGCUCGAGGCAGAACGACUCGGGCGAUGGACACUGAUGAGGGUGCCCUGGCUGAGGCUGAGGAAGCAAAGGACAAAGAGGAUUCAGUGGUUGUUCCCAUCAGAGGUCGACGAGGAAAGAAAACUGAAGCAGUAGCAGCAGUUCCUGCCGUUAAACAGACAAGAGGUCGAGCUGGAAGAGGCCUAAAACACACAGAAGUGGCUAAAGAAGUUUUACCAGAAGAAUCGGAAGUGCCCGUAACUGAAUCCAAACUAGAAGAGGUUCACGCAAGCGAGCCUGAACCCACCAUCGAGAUGGUUCUGGAAAAAACAAAACGAGGGAGGAAAAGAAUUGCCCCCAUUGAGCCAGAGUCUAAAGUAAAUGCAGAUGAAGAAAAACCUGCUCAGGCAGAGAAGCCCAAAAGAGGAAGAAAGGCCAGACCUGCAGAGAACAGCCACACUGAACAAGAGGCUGUGGAAGACCUGCCAUCAGAGCCCAAGAGAAUGAGGAGAACAAGGAAAGUGGAAGAUCAAGAGGAAGAUCUCUCAGACAAAAGCCAGCCCGCUAAGAGACCCAGGAGAGGAGUGAAGGCAGCUGUAGUGGAGGAGACCACAGCAGCUGAGGUGCAGCCCAAACCUCGAAGAGGCAGACUGGCAAAGAAAUGA